AUGUGCUCUCACCCAGGCGGGGUUCUGUGGUUUGAGAUGUUCUACGCGCUGCUGGACGAGAUGGCGGUGUACGUGGCGCUAAUCAGGGCGCUGGGGUACAAGCGCCUGUACUACCACGUGCUGCCCAAGCUCGACGUGGGGGAGCGCAUCGGCGCGCACAUGCGCCUCAACUACCUGCUCGAGAAGCCUGUGCGCAUUGACCCUCCCAAGAGGACCGACUGGCUGUUCUAG